UCAUUGAACACAAUCUUUUACAACGCUCCGUUUACGUGCCCGAGUUUGCUCCCGACGCCCGCGUUUCAGUGUUUAAGUUCCUGACCACCACGGCUUUAAGAAUAUCCACCAGCUACAAGGGAGCUCCGUUGCUUUCAGACUCGCCUGGGAACUGGGACGCCCCUCUGGCAAUCUGUCAGUGCCCGGAUCAGCCGCAUCCUUUCUGGGGUAUUUUCUCACCAUACUGACAGUCCUUAAGACAAGUAUGCAGUUAAGCUGCUAAGGGAUGGAAGAAGCCAGUCUGUGCCUUGGAGUGGCCUCGGCGGCGCCGGAAGCUGAGCCCCAUCUGAGCAGCCCCGUCCUCAACGGCCAGUAUGCCAUGAGUCAGAAGUUGCACCAGAUCACCUCCCAGCUCAGCCAUGCUUUCCCCGAGCUGCAUCCGCGGCCCAACCCAGAGGAGAAGACCCCGGUUCCCCUCGACGAGAAGGCCCACGUGCCCAUGAGUGGCCAGCCCAUGGGCAGUCAGAUGGCGCUCCUGGCCAACCAGCUGGGCCGGGACGUGGACACCAGCCUCAACGGGCGGGUGGACCUGCAGCAGUUCCUCAACGGGCAGAACCUGGGCAUCAUGUCCCAGAUGAGCGACAUCGAGGACGACGCCCGCAAAAACCGCAAGUACCCGUGCCCUCUGUGCGGCAAGCGUUUCCGCUUCAACAGCAUCCUCUCCCUGCACAUGCGCACUCACACCGGCGAGAAGCCCUUCAAGUGCCCGUACUGCGACCACCGGGCGGCACAGAAAGGGAACCUCAAGAUUCACCUGCGGACCCACAAGCUGGGCAACCUGGGGAAGGGGCGCGGGCGGGUGCGCGAGGAGAACCGCCUGCUGCACGAGCUGGAGGAGAGGGCCAUCCUGCGGGACAAGCAGAUGAGGAGCAGCCUGCUGCAGCCCCGGCCGGACUUGAAGUCCCUGCCGCACGCCCAGCAGAGCCCGCUGGCCGCCUGCAACCUGGCCCCGCCCACCAACCACAGCGUGCCCGACGUGGCCAACCCGGUGCCCUCGCCCAAGCCGGCCAGCGCGCAGGAGGACUCGGCGACCCCAGCUGCUGGCUUCCGCUGCACCUUCUGCAAGGGCAAGUUCAAGAAGAGGGAGGAGCUGGACCGCCACAUCCGCAUCCUGCACAAGCCCUACAAGUGCACGCUGUGCGACUUCGCCGCCUCGCAGGAGGAGGAGCUCAUCAGCCAUGUGGAGAAGGCCCACAUCACGGCUGAGUCGGCCCAGGGCCAGGGCCCCAACGGCGGCGGGGAGCAGUCGGCCAACGAGUUCCGCUGUGAGGUUUGCGGACAGGUGUUCAGCCAGGCGUGGUUCCUGAAGGGCCACAUGCGGAAGCACAAAGACUCCUUCGAGCACUGCUGCCAGAUCUGCGGCCGGCGCUUCAAAGAGCCCUGGUUCCUGAAGAACCACAUGAAGGUCCACCUCAACAAGCUGUCAGUGAAGAACAAGUCCCCUAGCGACGCCGAGGUGCCUGUGCCCAUGGGCGGCAUGUCCCAAGAGGCCCAUGCCAACCUGUACUCCAGGUACCUCUCCUGCCUGCAGAGCGGCUUCAUGGCCGCCGACAGAGCCAGCCUGAGCGAGCCCAGCCGGCUUUACGGCAAAGGCGAGAUGCCCGUGAAGGAGAAGGAGGUGGUGGGGAAGCUGCUGACCCCCAUCUCCAGCGUGGCCCACGGCGUCCCCGAGGGCGACAAGCACUCCCUCCUGGGAUGCCUCAACCUCGUGCCACCACUGAAAUCCAGCUGCAUCGAGCGGCUGCAGGCAGCUGCAGAAGCUGCCGAGAUGGACCCCGUGAGCAGCUGCCAGGCUUGGCAGCUCAUGGCCAGGGGCAUGGCCAUGGAGCAUGGCUUCUUGUCUAAAGAGCGCCAGCUACAGCGCAACCGCGAAGACACUUUGGCACACGCCGGGGUUCUGUUUGAUAAGGAGAGGCGGGAGUACGUGUUAGUGGGGGCAGAUGGCGCCAAGCAGAAAAUGCCUGCUGAUUCGGUUCACAGCGCUAACGCGGGCAGUCAGAGAGACCUGCCAAGUACGCUCGACCCUUUGGAAGGCAGUCGGGAUUUUUUGUCACGUGGGCUGCACCAGGCUCUCGAGUACAACCUGCAGGGUCCCGGGAGUCUGAAGGAGAAGCCCACCGAGUGCCCGGACUGCGGCCGAGUGUUCCGCACUUACCACCAGGUGGUCGUGCACUCCCGCGUCCACAAGCGGGACCGCAAGGGCGACGAGGACGGGCUGCACGGGGGCCCCGAUGAGCGGCGCGGCUCGGGCAGUGACCAGGAGUCCCAGUCGGUGAGCCGCUCCACCACGCCCGGCUCCUCCAACGUCACUGAGGAGAGCGGGGUCGGAGGCGGGCUCUCGCAGACCGGGAGCGCCCAGGAGGACAGCCCACACCCCUCCUCGCCGUCCUCCUCAGACAUUGGCGAGGAGGCUGGGAGAUCUGCCGGUGUCCAGCAGCCCGCACUGCUUCGCGACAGGAGCCUGGGCUCAGCCAUGAAGGACUGCCCGUACUGUGGGAAAACCUUCCGGACAUCCCAUCACCUAAAGGUCCACCUGAGGAUACACACAGUGUGUGUCCACACCAUAACCAGCUGGAGGAAAGGAAGUGACUUGUACCCACAAGGUGAGAAACCCUACAAAUGUCCCCACUGUGAUUAUGCCGGCACCCAAUCAGCCUCCUUAAAAUACCACCUAGAGCGGCACCACCGGGAGCGGCAGAACGGAGCUGGGCCACUGUCUGGGCAGCCCCUGAACCAAGACCACAGGGACGAGCUGUCCAGCAAAGCUGCUUUGUUUAUCAGGCCAGACAUCCUGAGGGGCGCCUUUAAGGGUCUCCCCGGAAUCGACUUCAGAGGUGGCCCUGCAUCUCAGCAGUGGACAUCAGGGGUGUUCUCAUCUGGAGAUCACUCAGGGCAGGCCACUGGCUUGUCUUCUGAGGCUCCUUCAGACACUCCGAAAGGUACCGACCUUCCUUCCAAAAGCACCCACUUCUCCGAAAUCGGGAGAGCUUAUCAGAGUAUCGUGAACAACGGUGUGAAUUUCCAAGGGUCCUUGCAAGCGUUCAUGGACAGCUUUGUCCUAAGCUCCUUGAAGAAGGAGAAGGACAUGAAGGACAAAGCCCUAUCUGACCCUCCUUCCAUGAAGGUCCACGGGGCAGACGGCGGCGAGGAGAAGGUGGGCGGCAAGGCGGCCCCCAGGAAGUCUGAGAAGUCUCAGUACGAGCCCCUGGACUUGUCCGUGCGGCCGGACGCCGCCUCCCUCCCAGGAUCCUCGGUGACUGUACAAGACAGCAUCGCGUGGCAUGGCUGCUUGUUUUGUGCUUUCACAACGUCCUCUAUGGAGCUGAUGGCCCUUCAUCUCCAGGCCAACCACCUGGGCAAAUCGAAACGCAAAGAUAGCGCCGUCGGGGUGACGGUCAAUUGCAAAGACCAAGCCCGGGAGGCCAGUAAAGUGGCCCUGUUGCCCUCGGUACAAUCAAGCAAAGAGAUGGCGCUUUCCAACAUGAUGGGGCCUCUAGACUCGGCUUCUGAAAAGAUGGCCCAAGGACAGGUCAAAGAGACUCUGGGGGAACAGAAGGGUGGCCCAUGGCCCGGCCACAUGGACCCUGCGUUCUGUAACUUCCCGUCAGACUUCUACAAGCAGUUCGGUGUUUACCCAGGUCUGCUGGGCUUGGGGGCCUCCAGUGCCUGCCCCAACAGGGAGCCCGACGGGAAGGCCCACUUGGAAGAUGAUGCCCUGAUCCUGAUCCCUGAAACCACAAAUAGGAACACUACUGAUGACCUCUCGGACAUUGCCUCCUCAGAGGACAUGGACUCGUCCAAAGGAGAAAACAACGAGGAAGAGGAUAUCGACACGGAGCCGGAGGUGACGAGCAAGCCGCCUGCCCUGAACAAGGACGGGGGCAGCGACGGUGGGGAUGGCCUGCUGCCCGCAGGCGCCCCACAGCCCAUCCAGGGACUGGUCUCCCCUCUACCCCAGGCAUCGGAGAAGCAGUGGCACAGCCCGGGCCUUCUUCCAGCCCAGGACCCCGUGGCGAGCCUGCCCAAGCCAGAGCGGGGGCCCCAGGGCCUGGAGAAGCCGAUGAAUGUGCUGUCGGUCCUCAGGGCCUACAGCGCCGAUGGCUUAGCAGCCUUUAACGGACUUGCAAGUAGCACAGCAAAUUCUGGAUGUGUCAAGAGGCCAGACUUGUGUGGUCACAGGCCUUUCCAGUGCCGCUACUGUCCCUACAGUGCCUCUCAGAAGGGAAAUCUGAAGACCCACGUCCUCUGCGUCCAUCGCAUGCCUUUUGACAACAGCCAGUAUCCCGACCGCAGGUUCAAGCGCUCCAGAGUCGACUCGGAGGCUUCUGGGAAUUUCGAAGACCCCACAGCUGUCAAGGCGGGGAGCUCAGCAGAGCUAACAGAGGAGGACAGCAAGGCCCAGGAGGAGCGCAACUGAGCCAACCAACCCGGAUAUUGCAAUAUUAUUUUACACGGUUUUCAGAUUAUGCAUCUGGUAAAAGAGUUUGCUAACUGCAUUCCAAGGGGAAAAAAAUCAUGUACAACCUCCCCUCUAGUGUAUAGAACAUUUAAAAAAUUUAAAAAGAUAUCUAUAUAUAUAUUAAAAAAAAAAUCCCCAGUCCUUGAAAAUGGCUGCUAAACUGUUACCCGGCAACAAGUAUUUCCAAACAAUGCAGGUGGGAGAAAAGGGAUUCCAGAAAUGCUUGGUGUCCUCCGAGCUCAAGGAAGCUGGGGGCCCUUCCAAUGCUAGAGUCGUCUUUGUUCAAAAAUCAUGCUCUUAACUGAAAAACGAUACCAUCUAAAUGAUUUAGUGUUGCCUUGAAGAUGGAGGGGUCGUGUUUUCAUUGUUGAAAACACCUCUAUAAUCUGACACCAGCUGCUGUCAUCUGCCUCGCACCCUAAUGGGAUGUGUCGGGAGUCGGCCGCGGUGCCAGUCAGACUGGAGCGGUCACUGCAGAGAAAAUCAAUUCACGUGGUGUUGUAACUGCACUCUCAGAGAAACCUUAGCCGGCCCGCAGCCAGCGCCAGGGCUGACCGGCACUGCAGAGGAUUGCCAUCUUCAACGUGCAUUUAAAAAAAAUCCACAGCCAAAUGAAUCAAUGGUCAGGAAGUAUCUGCAGACAAAUGUCCAGUGCAGGUUUGAUGAGUAAUUCCUUUUUUUAGAUCAAAUUGCAGUAUGGAGGGAAAUGCUUUUUUCUUGGUUGUCUUUUUUUUUUUUUUUUUUUUUUUUUUGAAGGAACU